UUGGCCUAAUUGCUAUGUGGUAGAAAUUGCUUAAAUCAUUGACUCUUCGGCUUUUACUAAAAUUAUGCUGUUUUUGUACUCCUUUUUAUUCAACGUUAGUAUUUAAAAAAAAAUACUCCCUACAGCUACUAAAAAUCAACAAGACGUAACACUUAAAAAAUUGGAAGUUGGAGUGCGAGCUUUGUUUCACUUUGAAUGUCAUUUUUAUCCAAUGAAAAUAUCAAAUGCACACAUUCUUCACUGAAUAUUGUGCGAUGGUUUAGAAUCCUUGAAUAUUAAUAUAUGUUAUUCUUUCGUCGUGUAACAAUGAUUUUAGGAUGGGAUAAUGGACAAAACGUGGUCGUGCUUGCGGAUGUUGCAUGGACUGUGGAACGGAAGUAGGCUAUCUAUUUAAAAGCGCUUUUGCAACGGUCAUUCUGAUUGGUGGACAGCUCUGUAAACAAUACUAACUGUAGUUUUUACCAAUCGGAUUGCCCAUUUCAAAACAGCUCAAAGAUAGAUGGCCUACUUCCGUUCCAGAGUCAAUACAUCGUCCGAUCUUCAGGUAUUACACCCUGUUUAUGUAGUAGGAGUAGGGGCUAUUUGUUUCUAUAAAUACUGACCAGAUGCAGACACAUAUGGUCCCACAAAAGAAUAGUAUGUGUUUAUUUUAUUUUUUUUAGUUGCCAAUGCCAAUGUUCAUAUGUAGAAAAGUAAUCAUAUGGCUUUAUAUGUAUUGAAAAUGAUAAUUAAUUUUAAUUAUUGAGCUCUUAAAAUGAUAAUACUGUAACGACAAUUAUACAUUAAGAUACCUUUAUAAUUGAAACUGGCUAUAGCAUACUGCUUUUCAGAAAAUCAUGCAUCCACUCGUGUGCAUCAUUGUACAAUCCAUCGAAGCAACAUUACCAAAUUGACAUCACUGUUGUACAGUUCCAGAUCAAAAAUGACGGGGAACAGGAUGCAAUAUAUAUGUAUAUCUUUUUUUACAGGAAAGCCAGAGCGUGCAGUAAAUAAAUACCACAGAAAGUGAACCAACAGUGUUAACAAUCGGCUGUUUUGUCAACUCAAGCUUCAUAGUUACAAAACGAAGUAAUUGUGGUGAUGUGUACGAAGAAGAAAUUUGAUAUUCUGUCUCCUGUGUAAGGUAUUACAGUACACAGCUGUCCAGACCUGUGGGAGCUGUACCACCAAGUCAGGGAUUACCUAACGAUGGAGUUGUGUAAAGUUAAAAAUAGCCGGUUCUUGCUAUUCUGUGCACUGAUUGCGUCAGUAGUUGUAAUAACAACGCUGUCUGCUUACAUAAUUCUCGUCAAGGAUUCCUCCGCGCGUGAAUACAAGACGAAUAAAGACAACGCUUCGGUGGAACAACUUCUCGGACAAUCCAUAAAGACAGCUGACACAGGACAGAGGUACAUUGUGUAUGAUUGUAGUAAGGCUAAGAAAGGUGCUUGUGGUGGAUGGUCUGACAGAAUAACCGGAAUUCUUACCACCUUGGUAAUAUCCCUCCUGACUAAACGACGUUUUCUCAUCAAACAUGAAAAACCAUGCCUCCUGGAAAAUUUCCUAAUCCCUGCAGAUCACUUCGAUUGGCGUUUCAAUAAAUCCAUACUUUUAGAUAGAACAUCAUCGUAUCAGGACCUAAGCGCACGUGAAUCUACAAACCUUAGAAAGUAUAUGUCUGGAAGUUUAGAUAUCAACACUUACUUCAAGCAUGAUGUCAACUUUGUUCGUAUGAAUUGGGAUUUUACAGAAGAAUUUAGAAAAAGGCGAAACAUCGAAGUUGAGAUUCCAUGGAUGACAAAACUUCGAUAUACUGAUAUGUAUAAACAACUGUUUAAAUUCCUUUUCACACCAUCGCCUCUCUUUGCCAAGGAAUUGAACAAGCUGAAAAGUCAGCGUAGAAGACCUAAGCUAGCAUGUGCCCAUUUACGUCUUGGGGAUAAUCCUACUUUGCCGGGAGAUGACUACCGAAAAAGUCUUAAUUUGGAUUUAGUUUGGAAUUAUUUAAACACAAUAGAUCAAAAGAAAUAUGACCUAUUCGUUGCAUCUGAUGCACACCAUGUGAAAGAAAUGGCUAGACAGCGUUAUUCAGUGAACAUCAUUGACAGUCCUGGAAACAUUACACACAUUGACCAAAACAACGGUAAUGAUCCUGGUGUUGGAUUUCUUAAACAACUUACAGAUUUCUACACAUUAACGACUUGUGAUGUUCUCCUACUUUCCUCGAGUGGAUUUGGUAUGUUUGCAGCGUACCUUCGGGAUACGGAUACUGAUUUGUAUUGUUUACGAAGUGAAGAUAUCAUACCUUGUACCAGGAAUGCGCUCAAUGAAAUUUACCCAGGACAAGUUCUAGCACCUGAUUAAUAAAUGCUCGUCAGAGUAGAUAAGUUUUGGGAAUAUCAUUUGUUUCUGAUGCAUUAGAAAAAACAAUUCAUGUCUUUUUUAUAUCUACACUUGUGUAUCUACCUUUGGGUUUCCAUUAACUAGAAGCAUGUCAAGUAUCGAUCUAAUAUGACUCAUUGUACAGCUAACAUUAUUUAGAUGGAAUUGCUCUUCAAUAUAAUCAGCCUCGUAUGAAGAUAAAACAAACUAGCCAACAGAAGUACACAAUUUCGUCCCAAAAGGUUAUUGGAAAAUCUGGUCACCAAACUCGAAAAAAGAUGUCGAGAAUUCCAUAAGGAAUUCGAUCAUUUUCACGAUUUCAUCUUGGGUGUACUUUCUAUAAGCCCUAGUCAUAUGGUUAAAGAAAUGUGUUCUCGUACAGUUGCAACCAUGUAAUUAUAAUGCUGAAAAAUGUCAUUAAGUUUACAUUGGACAAUGGCAGUGUUAACAGUAGAACAAUUAAACAAUGGUAGAACAAUUAAACAACGGUAAAACAAUUAAACAACGGUAAAACAAUUAAACAACGGUAGAACAAUCAAUCACCUUAGCAGUACGCUUUCCCUGCUGGUGAUGUUGUAAGUUCCAUAUCCGAUCGAUAUGGUCAUUUUUUUUUAAUUAUUAUUAAAAAUUUUAAAACACAUAAGUGAAAUCGGAGGAUUACUUAAAGUUAUUAGUUUAAAUAAAGACUUGAUCGUAAUAGGUGACAUUAAUCAAGUUAUGCCUAACAUGACUCAACACUUUAGAUUUUCACCAAUACAGACCAAAUAUGGCAUACAAAGCCAUAUACAGUGUACUAGGGUAACAGCAAGCUCAUUCACUUCACAUGUUAUGAUGUCAUUGUUAAAUAAUUAUAACAUAGUAAAAAUGCUCUGUUGUGGACACAAGAGAAACAGUUUUCACAAUUACCUAUAGGAAGUAGGAAGUAUGAGUACAUUUGGGCGUUUACGAAAUUAGGAUAUUAUACUUGUCAGAAAAAAACCCAUAUAUAGCUAAGAAAAACAUCACGAUUUACUGACAAAAUAGAAAAAUUAAUCUUUAAUUAUCGACAGGAAAACUAAUGAUCAACUAUCAUUAGAAGUUAAUGGUAAAAUGACAGCUCAUUCUGUAAAAAAUAUUUUAUACUUUUGCUACUAUCUAAGCUUCAAAUAAAAACGAAGAAAUUA